AUGUCCGGUCCGCCCUUCACGGUUCGGGCAGUCUUCGAGUAUGUGUCGGAACAUGAUGACGACCUGAAUUUCCCGAUCGGUCAAAUCGUGACUGUCACUGCCCUGGAGGACGACGAUUGGUACUACGGGGAAUACUCGGACGCCUCAGGAGCUCGACUGGAGGGCAUCUUCCCGAAAAAUUUCGUGGAGAAGUACGAACCUCCCGCUCCUCCUCGGCCAUCUCGCCCCAGGCCAAAGAAAGAACCUGAACCGGUGCAAUCUCCCGUGGAAGUGCAGGCGCAACCGGAGCCCGAAGUGCCGCCCGAGUCCCCACGACCGCAAUCCCCACCUCCGAGUGCCCCUGUCGCAGAGGUAGCAUCUUCUCCCCCACAGCCGGCAAGUGCACCAGCCCCCGCUCCUGUCGUUGCGCCUGCGCCUGCGCCCGCUCCUGCUCCGGUCGCCGCUGCCCCCGUUCCCGCCGCCGCUGCCCCAGUCGAGCCUAUAGCCAAGGCACCGCCUUCUAAGCCGGCUCCUCCAGCCGUCGCAGAGAAGCCGUCCGGGUCCUCAUUCAGAGAUCGAAUCGCCGCCUUCAACAAGCCCGCUGCCGCGCCGAUCACACCAUUCAAGCCAGGGGGCUCUCAGCCAUCCUUCAUCAAGAAGCCCUUUGUCGCACCACCUCCCAGCCGGGAUGCCUACAAACCUCCUCCGAGAGAGCCUGCGCCUACGGUCUACAAGAGAGAGGAAGACCCGGCGGUCAAGGAACAAAUCGCGCGUGACCCUCCAGUCUCCGAAAGUCGGCCGGCGCCGCCGCCAGCGCCGGCACCCGCUGUUGCCGAGGAUGGCGAAGGAAACGCAGAAGACCAACCCAAGCCAACUAGCUUGAAAGACCGGAUUGCACUACUCCAGAAGCAGCAGAUGGAGCAAGCCCAGCGACAUGCGGAAGCGGCUCAGAAGAAAGAAAAGCCAGCACGUCCGCCCCCGAGAAAGUCUAUCGAUGAGCCAGUUGCUGCUGCCGUCCCCGCCGCCUCAGCGCCAGAGGAAGAACGAGAGUCACCCGUUGAUACAUCUGCAACUGUGCGAGACCCCAGUGUGGACACAUUGAGAACCAGUGCUCCUCCCCCACAGCCACCUGCGCCGUUCUCGCCUACCCAGGAAGUCACAAGCGACGCCAACGAUGCCGACUACUCUGCGGCGGCUGACUCCGAAGAUGCCGGUGAAACCUCGACAAGCAAAGAUGACGACGAGGAUCAGCCACGCCCCAGCUCCCAGCGCCGUCAGUCAACUCGGCCGGUUGAGCAGCCCACCGAGGAGCCAGAGGCUGCUGAACAAACCGAUGAGGAGGAAGAGGAAGUGGACCCCGAGACCAAGCGCAGAGCGGAACUACGUGAAAGAAUGGCCAAGAUGAGUGGUGGUAUGGGAAUGAUGGGUCUGUUUGGCCCACCUGCUGGAGGGAUGCCUGGUAUGUCCGGCCCUGGCGCUGGUGCUCGCACCAAACCCAAGGCUCCGGUCGAACCAGAGAGGAGGCCCACGGAGCCUGAAGAUGAGCCCACGGAGCCUGUUAAUGCUCCCCCGGUUCCCAUGGUUCCCCUCCCUGGAAUGAACUUGGCUACCAAACCAGUUGCCCCCACCGAGGUUGAGAAGGACGAGGAACAGGUGGCCACACCCAUCACUGAGCAACAUUCCGCGCGUGAGGUCCCGGACGUGGAAGACGUGGUUCACGAAGGUGCAGUGCCUCGUGCCUCUAUUGAUCGCCCGCCCCCAGCUCCGCCAUCUCAAGACCGUUCAGCGCCACCUCCACCCCCUCGGGAGACAAGACCUGUCCCAGCUGUUCCAGGCGAGGCGCCGGCUUCUCCCCCGCCAGUCCCCGGAGGCCGGCCAGUGCCCCCUCGACCAACGACUGCUGAGAAUGGCGAUGAGUCCGAUGAUGAACUCUCAGUGCACACGUCUAAUUUAUCUCUGAAUAAUCUGCCCAACUCGCCGAUUGUGCCUGCACCAGCGGUUCCUGACCAAACAGACUCUCGUCGCUCCUCGACGUAUGAGCCCGUCUCAUCAACGGCCACGACCCCUGCUGCUGAAAAGAGAGCGAGUCGACUACCCCCGCCCAUUCCAGCCAAUCCACCUUUGCCGCCGUCGCAGGGUCGCGCGCCUCCACCCCCUCCCGAGCAGCCUCGUCGCCGCUCCACUGCCGACAGUCGGAUGAGCGCCAAUGCUCCUCCCCGACAAGCUGGAGAUGAUGUGGAAGGCGAAGUGACCGAGUACGAUGGAGACUACGAUACUGAUAUUGCAUCCGGAGUAAAGCACAAAGAUGCCUUGAAGUCACACGAACGUGACUCUAGCUUCGAUGAUGGUGCUAUGACCGACGACCACUCUAUCAAGUCUCCUCGUAGCCCUCAGGAGUCUCGUCAACCGCCAUCCCUUCCUCCUGUCGCUCCCAGGGCAGUUCCGCCACUUCCUCCUAGCCAGCCACCCCGGAACCCCCGUGCGUCCAUUGAUACACCCCGAGGCCCCCCUCCCCCUCCGCCAAACAGAGACCCGGCUGGUGGCGAGGAUGAUGAGGAGUAUGAUCCAUUUAACUACGCUGCCCCUCAACAUGGCCUAGCUACAUCCCCACCCCCUCCUCCUCUUGGCCGUCCGGAGGUUCCGCCUCCCUUCCCACCGCAGCAAGAAGCCGAAGAGGAAUAUGAUGAUCUGUAUGACGCUCCCCCGGCAGCAAAUGAGCGAACGUCUAUCUCGCAUGAGAAGCGGCUCUCGCUGGCACCACCACUGCCUCCUCAAACCCAGGCUCCGGCCCUGCCAUCCCCAUCUGCAGCCCGAAGCCAGCGUGCAUCAAUGGACCUUCUAAGAGGGCCUUCCAACGUUCGUCGGUCCAUGGAUGUGUCACGCCCCUCGGUUGAUCAAGGAUAUAUCGCAGCCGAUACUGAUCUCGCUGAAUACACUCUCUGGUGGACCCAGCCCAACACUCCUCCCCCUGCCUUCCAAAACCGCAACGAUCUUCUAUUCGAGGUUGAGGAGUCGGCUUCCACCAAGCGAGGCGGGAAGACAACUGUCUCAAAGGAUGUCUAUGUCCUUUUCCUGGACUACUCCCAAACAGUUGUGACGGUUCAAUUUGACUCCAGAAACCCCGCCGACGCUUCCUUCGAGCAGCGCCAUGAGCCCCCACCUCUUCAGCCUCGUCAGGAUCAGCUUGAGCAAGCCCACAUCCAGCUCGGAACCCGAAUCUUCGAAGCUGUCAACUCGGUUCAGAACUCCACCGUUGGUGAUGGAACUCCGUUCGGACUGAUCCAGUACCUUCUCAACCCCCUGGCCGAAGCCUUGCUUCCUGUCGGUACCCGAGGCUACGGCGCUUUGGUCUACUCCAACCUGGCGAACGCGUCGGUGUCUCAGAACGAUGAGAUCCGUGCUGGCGACAUUGUCAGCUUCCGCAACGCCCGGUUCCAAGGCCACCGGGGCACCAUGCACCAGAAGUACAGCGCCGAGGUUGGCAAGCCCGACCACGUGGGUGUCGUGGUGGAUUGGGAUGGCACGAAGAAGAAGAUCCGAGCCUGGGAGCAGGGCCGUGAAAGCAAGAAGGUCAAGAUGGAGAGCUUCAAGCUCAACGACCUUCGCAGUGGCGAGUGCAAGGUCUGGCGACCGAUGCCCCGUAGCUGGGUCGGCUGGGAAUCCAGCAAGUAG